AAGCAGAAAAAGAAGAAGUUGGCAUCCCGCAAAGGGGGGCAGGAGGGGGGGCUGAGAGAGAGAGAGAGAGAGAAAGCCAGAGGGAGGUGAUUACAGGGCUGGUGACCCCUGCCACUCACCCCCAGACAUUUUAAGAAACAUGCCAAAAUAAAAAGGAGAAAUGAACUGGGGUCCUUCUUCUUAAAGCAUCAAAAAAAGCGCUGCAAAAAAACAAAAGGAAAGGAGAAGAAAAAAUAGGAGAGAGAGAAAAAAUCUCCACCCCCCCCAAAAAAAGAAAGGAAGAAAGAAAGAAAGGAGGAGGUUAAACCGAGCGCCAAUCAAGUAAAAUGCAACUUUCGGAGGUAGCGGCGCUUGUGGUCGCCCUCAUUGGGGUUUGUGUCUGGACGGAGGACGGGAGCAAAGUUAUCUCGGAUCGCUUCGCGGUGUACUGGAACAAAACCAAUCCUAGAUUCCACCAAGGGGAUUACACCGUGGAGGUCAGCAUCAACGAUUACCUGGACAUAUACUGCCCGCACUAUGAGAUCCCGUUUCCCAUGGAUCAGAUGGAGAGGUACAUUUUGUACAUGGUCAACUACGAGGGACACAGCUCCUGCGACCAUCGGCAGAACGGCUUCAAACGCUGGGAAUGUAACCGGCCGGAUUCCCCCAACGGGCCCCUCAAGUUCUCCGAGAAGUUCCAGCUUUUUACCCCUUUCUCCUUAGGAUUCGAAUUCAGACCCGGGCACGAGUAUUACUACAUUUCGGCCACUCCACCUAAUCUGGUUGACAAACCCUGCUUAAAGUUGAAGGUUUACGUUCGGCCAACAAACGAUUCCCUCUACGAAUCGCCGGAGCCCAUUUUCACCAGCAAUAAUUCCUGCUGCAGCUUCACCGUUCCCGAUGCCUUCUUCGUGGUGGUGCCGAUGUUUUGGACUAUCCUCGCUUCCUAGCCCCCCGGCGGAAUUGCAGACGAGAAAAAGUGGGUGGGGGUUUCUUAUUACAGCAGCAGCUGCAAAAAAAAAAACCAAGGGGGGAGGAAACGGAUCGGAGGAAAGAACGGGAGGAAGAAGAGGACGUCUUUGUUACCGGAUCAGAAACGAUAACGCUUGGGAUGGGGGGGGGGAGGCGUGGGGGUGUUGCAAGGAUUUUGAUCUCCGGCCUCUCUGCCAACGCCAGGCGAAGAAGAAGGACCCCUGGGUUUCCUGUCUUAACACCCCAAACUGAGCCAACUGCCCCCCAUCCCCACCAAGUCUGAUGCAGUAUAGAUGAAGGGGGAAAAAAGGCUCAAAAUUUUUUUUUUUAAAAACCUGUGACAUGGGGAGCUGAGCUGGUUUUAUAUCUCAAAAACAAAACAACAAAACAAAAUCUUCCACAGACCUCUUAUCAAGCCAGCUGGUGUAAAAAAAAACACACGCACCCCCAUCCUUUUUGAUUAAUCCCCUGUGGAGUUUUUCUUUUUAAAAUCUCUAGACCAAAUAUAGUUUUUUUUUUUUUUUUUAAAUUUUCUUAUUUUUUUCAGCUUAACCUUUUUUGGAGUUUUUUUUUUGGAAGGUAUGUUUGUGUGCGCGCGUGUCUAUUCUAGACUUUUUCCAUAACUGGAACUCA